GUGUCUGUGUUUAUCACUGUUGCAUGAAUGCAGGAAAGGUGAGACCGGUUUUACUGUGUCUGCAAACGUCGCGUCACGGAAACAUUCGGCGCGUGAACCGAUACUGUCGGCGCGCGGAUAAUGGUCGCACACAUGGCACAUUAUGGAGAAACUACACAACUGGACGAUGAUAAGAAUGGAGUUAUCACCCCAUCUGAUGUGAAGGACCAAUUGACUGACAGUUCUCACAGCAGCUCAGAUAAUACAGGCACAUCAACAGAGGAGAGCUCUGAGGAAGAGGAGGCCAAUGAAGAGGAAGACAAGAGAGAUUCAGACUCAGGAACACGACCCAGUGCAGAGCAUCACAUCGAUGAGCAGCUCAAGUUGUGCUGUGAGAAGUGUUCAGUGCUAAAGAAUACCAAAUAUGAGCUGGUCACCCCCAGGGAAAUGUCCCGAGAACGCCUGCUGCUGCAGUUGGAUGGUGAGGGUGUGUAUGAGUGUUCACACACCGGACUGGUGUUUGAAGUCUCUCAGCGGGUGAAGAUCAUAUACCGCAUUCUCUCCUGGAGCAAGUACAGCAACUACUUGAGUGACUCGUGGAAAUUUGCUGGGCCCAUUUUUGACGUGGAUUGCGACUCGUCUAUUCUCAGAUCCGUCCAGUUCCCGCACUCGCUGUGUCUGGCAGAUAAAGCCAACGAGGUGACGUUCAGCGUACUGCAUGUGAAGAACAGUCGCGGUCUGAUCGAACCAUCGGCCGAUCACUCGGCCAGUCAUGUCAAAUGGAACGUGUCAUCUCUUUCUCCCGUGGGUCCCGUCGUCCAGACGUCUAAAGCAGCAGAGCAUCACGGGGUCGUUCAGGUGUUCAAAGAGGUCAGCCAUGAGAACACUUUCUCCUUUAAAGUUUACCUGGCGGGAAACAACUGCUCUGAGGUCAAGAACAUCAGAAAGGAUAUUCAGCGGGCGAACAAAUGCAGGAGCAACAAGAAGUAUGUCCAAGUAUACAAGCCACCUACAUGCAUUCUAGAAGAGAACAGGAAGUACCGGCUCACCAGCGACCCGGUCGGCCACAUCACACCAGAGGACAUGCUGUUCAGCCCCGCAGUCGUGGAGCUGAAGGGAUACUUCGAGGUGUUCUUUGAGGAAAGUCCUCCAUUCAAACUCUCUCUAAUGGAUGCUGAAUCUGGUCAUACUGUAUGGACCGCCACCAUCAGAGAGGGAGACUGUGUGCAUAAUGUGGAUUCCCCCCCGAAACAAACUCAAGGCAGAAAGAGACACAGCAGCACAUUAGAGGAGGAACUCGGGAACAAACCCAAGAAGAAAGCUCGAUACAUCGAUGAGUCAGAUUGUAAGCGGGCCGUGUCCGCUGACCUCACUGACCAGCAGCUGAUGCAGGUGGCCAAGUGCAUGGGGAAAGAGUGGAGGAUCAUGGCCAUCAGCUACCUCAGCCUCAGUAAACAGGAUCUGGAGGAGCUGGAGGAGGGAGAGGAGGACGUGACCAUGCUCAAGUUCAACAUGCUGGACCGCUGGAGAAGAAGACAACCCAAAGGACAGGCAAGAAUCCAGGAGCUUCAUACAUGUUUGAAAGACAACGAUGACGUGCCCAAUGAAGUCAUGGCUGUGCUGGACGAGAUGCUACGAAACAAUUCAGAUAAAUGAAUCGGAUGGCAGACGUGUGAACUCUGAGAUUUGAUCACAUUCAUCCACCUGCCUCGAUUCAUACUGUCUGUGACCUCUGACCCCCAACAACCACUAUAAAACACAGAAUGCCUCAGGAGGGUCCAGCUAAUCAUCAGGUGUACAAACACUGUCAGAAACGUCAUUUUAACCACUGUUUUUCCUUAGAGAACGCAAUGAAAGGUGGAAUCGUGUGAAUCCGACAAGGCUUGUGGUGAUUCUAGAAUCUGGUGCUGUUUACAUCUCAAUAAUUGAACUGAAUUCUUGACUGCAUGUUUUUUUUACUACUGUAGAUUUUUGUAGAUGUACAUAUUUUAUUGUUGGUUAUAAAAGAGCUUCUGCACUAUUGAUGUUUACUGAUUUAUGAGCUAUGAUAAUAAUGUGCAAAUGUGUUUUUAGACACUUAUUGUGAUCUCAGGCGCUGUCAUUCUGUUACGACCGAUGUAACUGUGACAUUACAGCACAUCAUCUCAUGAAAUUCAUGUUUUGAUGCAAAACACAUUCCAGAAGACGUACUGAUCUCAAUGACCACAGGUUCAUAUCAAGAAACUUUUCAAACGUACUUGAAAAUGAAUUGAAAAAGUUAGUUUUUAUAGACGUUAAGUGGUGUAAUGCGAUAUUGGUUGAGAAUAUUUGUGUAAAAGCACUUCAUCAGUUUAUCUUUCAUAUGAUGUACUUUCUCAGGAGAAUCUGUGUAUUUUGAGGGAAUUCGAUUCAUCAUCUGAUUUGUCUGUAAAUAAACAGAUUUGAAGAAGUGGUGAAAAUAUUUACUGUAACUGCAGAAUGUCACUAAACCUGUCAAGAAAAUGUCCUUGCAAUUAUAUUUUCCAAAUAUGAAAUGAAGUCUAUUUUCAGGACCAUUACGGUUAUUUUCAUGAAAGUAUUUAUACAUCAUAGCAGUAUUUAUAGGAGCCUUUAUGCUGAUUGAAAUAAACAUUGUAUUAUAGUAGUUUUUACUGUAAUAACAAAACCAUGCAUUUUUGUGAAGGGGAAAAUGUGCAACCUUCAGGACAUUUUCGACUUUUUCAGUUGAGUUAUUUUCGAUCAUUUUGGUUAAUGCCAACGGCUUACAUUUUGCCAAAGCUGUGUAUUUUUUGGGGAAUUUAUAUAU